CUUGCUGGCUCACCUUGCUGUAUAUAAAGGCGGAAGCUCAGGAGAGGGGCAGUGAGAACUCACGACCUCGGUGAACAGCUCAGCCUCUCCUCCUGCGUGCUCCUGGUACUCUGCAAAGCUGUUCGUCAUGGCCGCUCUCUUCACCGCGGCUCUCUUCGCCGUGGCAUCUCCUCUGCUGGCGUUCGACAUGGGCCAGUCCACUCGCUGCGUCACCAUCCCCAACCAGAUGAAGGUCUGCAAAGACGUCGGGUACUCGGAGAUGAGGCUGCCAAACUUUUUAGGCCACAGCAACCUGGAAGGCGAGGUGGUGCCACGCUCCGAGGACUGGAGGCCCCUGUUGCAAACCGGCUGCCACCCUCAGGCCCAGGCCUUCCUCUGCUCCAUCAUUGCACCUGUCUGUCUUGACACGUUCAUCCAGCCUUGUCGUAGUCUGUGCGCGGCAGUGAGGGACAGCUGUGCCCCGGUGCUCGCCUGCCAGGGGCACCCGUGGCCCGAGGCGCUCAACUGUGACCGCUUUCCUGCCGAGGAAGACAUGUGUCUAACACCCCUUGCAAAGUUUAGCCACUUUAUUAAAGACAUACCAAGACCUGCUUGCCAGAACUGUCCUUCUGUGGAAGUGGCUCCCGCGAUGAAAACAGUUCUGAGCGCUUUUUGCCACCGUGACUUUGCCGUCGCCGCUAAACUCCACCGUCUUCGCCACGCCACAGGGGAGCCAGAAUUCCAGGUCGAAGGCCGCGUGGAGUUUAUCCGUCAGGGCGCUCUGUUGCCUUACGACACGAAGCACCUCCUCCAGGAGUGGCUCCUCAUCAACCUCAGAUGCGCCGGCGCCCUGCUGCGGCCCGGGCGCUCGCAGCUCUACGUGCUGACCGGCUCCCUGCAGCCCGACGGCCACAUCGCCCUCGUCCAUCUUUUCCCCUGGCAUAAAAAAGACGCCGGCAUCGCACUGGCCACUCGCAAAUGGAAACAUCACAGAUGUUGAGGUACACGGUAAACCAGGAGCUUAAGAUGUGUCUGGAAG